CCAGAACUAUGCUGUGCCUAACGUUGAGAAGACGGUUCGGGACUAUAUGAAUUCACUGAAAAAAGGUCGGGACUAGCGAGGAGGAGCCCGGAGGCAGCAGGGACUGCAGGAACGGUGCUCCUUAGGGUGAGAGUCUGUGCGGCCUCUCUGCACUGGCAGCAGCUCACUCGUGCUGGCUCUCACCCGGAAUGGGGAUGUUUGGGAACGCUGCUGGCUCUGCCAACAGGCUGCUCCACAGGGGGCUGUGGGCACUGAUGCUGCUGCUCUCUGUGGCCAUCUACGGCUCCCACGCCCCCCUCCUGACCCUCUGCAAGGUGGACGGGGCCAUCCCCUUCAGUUCCGCAUCCGUGGUGGUCCUGGUGGAGCUGACCAAGCUGGCGCUGUCGCUGCUGUUCCUGCUGCCGGGGGCGCGGGAGCCGCUGCCGGCGGCGCCGUCCUGGCGCCACGCCGCGCCCUUCGCCCUCUCUGCCCUGCUCUACGCUGCCAACAACAACCUGGUGGUGCACAUGCAGCUCUUCAUGGACCCCAGCACCUUCCAGGUGCUCAGUAACCUGAAGAUCGUCAGCACGGCGCUGCUCUACAGCCUGCUGCUGCGCCGGCGCCUGGGCGCGCGCCGCUGGCUGGCCCUGCUGCUGCUGCUGGCCGCCGGCGUCGCCUACAGCUGCGGGGGGCUGCGGGGACGCGGGGACCCCCGAGGGACGCGCCUGCACGUCACCCCCGUGGGGCUGCUGCUGCUCUCCGUGUACUGCCUCAUCUCCGGCCUCUCUGCUGUCUACACCGAAGCCAUCCUGAAAAGCCAGGCGCUGCCCCUCAGCCUCCAGAACAUCUUCCUGUACUUUUUUGGGGUGCUUUUCAACCUGAUGGGCUCCGUGUGGAGCGGCACGGAGGGCGGGUUCCUGGAGGGCUUCUCCCCGUGGGUGCUGCUGGUUGUGCUCAGCCAGGCUCUGAAUGGCCUCAUCAUGUCCGUGGUGAUGAAGCACAGCAGCAACAUCACCAGGCUCUUCGUCAUCUCCUGCUCCAUCCUGGUCAAUGCUCUCCUCUCUGUUGCCCUCUUCAACCUGCAGCUCACCCUCCUCUUCUUCGUGGCCGUGGCGUGCAUUGGCCUGGCUGUGCAUCUGUACUACGGAGUCACGUAGUCGCUGCCUUCCUCCCACAUGUCUGGGCAGCCCCAGCCCUUCCUCAGGGCUGGAAUCGUUCCUGGGGGAAGCCUGCACAGCUCCAAGGAUUGCCUGGGGAGCAGUGCUGAGGGGGAGAGCACCCUGUCCCUGCUUCCACCGGGAAACUGCACCCUGCUCCGGUCCAGCCAGGCUCUGUGCCGUGGGGUUCCCAUGGGAUCAGGCAUGCCCAGCCUUAGGAGGGUCCUGAAGCCCUUAUGCAUGUCUCAUAGUCUCAAGAUGUGCCAGGGGAGGUUCAGGUUGCACCUUAGGAGUGAUUUCUCCACAGAAGGGGUGAUCAGACAUUGGAAGGGGCUGCCCAGCAAGGUGGUGCAGUCACCAUCGCUGGAGAUGUUUAGGGACAGGACAGGGCACUUAAUGCCAUGGUCUAGUUGACAGGGUGAUGUUGGGUUACAGGUUUGACUCCAUGAUCCCAGAGGUCUUUUCCCACAUAAAUGAUUCUGGGACUCUGUGUCCCUUGUCCUCAAGCUGCUUCCCCACACCACAGUGGCCUGGGAGUGCCCUGGCAGUAUUGGCCCUGCUGUACCUCCUGCCAGCCCAGCAUGGGACUGGUGCUGUUUCAGCUCCCAUGGAUGCUGCUUCAUCCCUGCCAUUCCUCGUGCUGCUUCCCUGGGCCUCUCCCACCUCCAUGGUUUUCCAGCCUAGCCCUGCCUGGAGCCCUGCUGUCCUCAGGCCCCAUUUCCCCUUCCUGGGCACGGUGUCUCUGUGGAGCAGCCAGGGCCUGGGGCAUGUGGGAACUUUCACCUGCUCCCCAAAAGGGGCAUGUGGGAACUUUCCAUCCCCCCAAAAGGGGCAUGUGGAAACUUUCCAUCCCCCCAAAAGGGGCAUGUGGAAACUUUCACCUGCUCCCCAAAAGGGGGGUGCCCCCCCAAAUUUGUACCAAGUUUCUAGCAGACAGAGGCCACCCAGGUUAUUAAAGCUGCGGUUCA